ACCUGACAUUUAGAUUGUGAUUUAAUUGUUCUUGAUAAAUGGCCGCUUGGCAAAGCCAGGCAGUCGAGUCCCACAAAUCCCGCCAGUUAACCGUUAACGAGCUGCCGUCUUUUGCAGUCCGUGACUUUUGUUAAAGGAUUGUUUUCUGAGCUUUAUUUGGUCCCAGACUACCAAGGUUAAAAUUUUUUACAUUCGGGGUCUAUAAAGAAUACGAUUCCCAAAAAAAAAAAUUUCGUCCGGUUGAUUAGCCAAAUCGAUGGAAACACUGCGAGCCCUGGAGCCGCUGCACCGCGUCUGCCAAAUUGGCAACCUAUGGUCCUGGCGCCUCACGCCAUUGCCAGACACGGAGGGCACAUUGCUCCGUCGAUCGCGCUGGCUAGAACUCUACAGCUGGACCGUGCUAACGGCGGCUAGCGGCAUCGCCGUUUACGGCCUCUUCCAGGAAAGCCACUUCAGGAAAAAUUACGGCUCAGAGUCCACUAUAUCGAGCAUUGGUCACACGGUGGACUUUAUCCAGCUGAUGGGAUUGCGAAUAGCUCACCUGACUGCUCUGCUUGAGGCGCUGUGGCAGAAGCAGGAGCAGCGGCAGUUCUUCACAGAGCUGGGCGAGAUCGAUAGCUAUUUAUUCAAAGCCCUAAGGGUUAAUGUGCAGGUCUUACGCCUUCAGGUGCGUCGACAGAUGAUGCGCCGAGCUGUGUGGAUACUGUGGGGCUACAUAAUCAGUCAGAUUGUUAUCCUGGGCGCCAAGCUUCUAGCCCCAGGACACAGCUUCCUGAUGUACUGGAUAUGCUAUCUAUUGCCACAACUUGUCUGCGGUUUGCGCUACUUUCAAAUUUCAAUCGCAACUGAGAUCGUGCGCCAACGUCUGGACGUGGUUCUCGUCAUUCUACAGCAGCUCCAUCUACAAAAGGAAAAUCCUACGGUGGUAACUGUCCCAGAGGAGCUCGCAGAUCUGAGGCAGGCGGCCAUGGAACAACUGAGUGCCGUCAGAAUCGUCUAUCAACGGGUGUGGGCCCUAGUGGCGCUACUAAACCGCUGCUACGGGCUUUCCAUGCUGAUACAAGUGGGCAACGAUUUCCUCACCAUCACCUCCAAUUGCUACUUGAUAUUCCUCAACUUCCGCCUGUUGACGACUUCGCCCUAUGAUAUCCUGCAGAUCGUAGCCAGCGCUAUGUGGUCUGCCCCACACUUGAGCAAUGUGCUUGUCCUCUCACUGCUUUGUGAUCGAACAGCCCAGUGUGCCACUCGCUUGGCACUUUGCCUGCAUCAGGUGUCGGUGGAUCUGAGGAAUGAGAGCCAGAACGCACUGGUAGGUAAUUCUUCUUCAUUAGAACGUGGACCAAUAUUAUUUCCCCUUUCUCCGCAGAUAACCCAGUUCUCGUUGCAGCUGCUCCACCAGCGGCUUCACUUCAGUGCAGCUGGUUUCUUCAAUGUCGACUGCACGCUACUCUACACGAUCGUGGGUGCCACAACCACUUACCUAAUCAUCUUAAUCCAGUUUCACAUGAGCGAAUCAACCUUGCUUAGCGAAUCAAACGGAGGGUAGUCACUAAAAAGCAGGACCGUCACCGUUUUUUUAUUAG